AAAGCUCACCUUGCAACGAACACUUUUGACCUAAUGGAUUAAGCUAAUCUUUCUUCCGUGCGAUGGUGCGGCGGGCGACGGCUAUGGCGGCUUCGUUCCUCAAUCGUGACGCCAUGGAGGAGCUGCGAGGAGCGAGCCGAUUGCGCCAACGCAAUGUCGAGCGCCAUGAAUGAAGCUGGCUUGGCCGUGGCUUAUGCCGUUUGCUGCUCUCGCAGGGUUUGGGCGCAAGCCAGCGAGUUUGAAGUAUAAUUUUUUGGAGGCAUCUCUCUUUUGUUUUUUUCUCGCGGGGAGAGGAAAGAGAAAAGAAGAUGAUGUGCCACUGUUCGAGGGAGCAAUUCAUGUUCGAGGAGAGCAUGAGCUCUCCGGAGGCCGCGAACGCUUCCAUGGACGCGGCCGCCAGCGGCCUCUCCGCGAAAACCAUGGAGGGUGAGGCAAAGCUAGACGAAGGCAACAUCGAGGAGGCCGAAUCGUCGCUCCGGGAAGCUUUGUCUCUCAAUUUCGAGGAAGCGAGAGCAUUGCUGGGAAGGCUCGAGUAUCAGCGAGGCAAUGUGGAGGCCGCGUUGCAAGUUUUCGACGGUAUAGAUAUCACCACCAUUGUUCCGAGGAUGAGACACUCUCUCGCGGAGAGGGGCCGGCACCGGCGUGGGCGAUCUCGGACGGAAUCCGGCCAGAGCAUAUCGUUGCAUGCUGCAAGCCUUUUGCUCGAGGCGAUCUACUUGAAAGCGAAGUCCUUGCAGAAGCUCGGCCGCCUGAACGAUGCUGCUCAGGAAUGCCGAAGUAUUUUGGAUACGAUCGACUCGGCAUUGCCGCAGGGGAUUCCAGAAAGUUGGAGCGGCAGUAAGCUCCAAGACAUCGUGAGCAAAGCUGUGGAGCUUUUGCCGGAGCUCUACAAAGAGGCGGGAUUAUAUCAGGAAGCCAUCUCUGCGUACCGGCGAGCUCUACUUAAUCCCUGGAACCUGGACUCCGAGUGCUCGGGAAGGAUACAGAAAAGCUUUGCGGUGUUGCUGCUGUAUGGUGGAGUCGAGGCCGGAGCUCCGAGCUUAGCAGCACAGGUGGAAGGCGCUUUCACUCCGAAAAACAACGUAGAAGAGGCAAUUCUCCUGUUCCAGAUCCUCCUCCGGAAGAACACUUUGAGAAAGCUUCCAUGGGACUACACCAUCAUGGAACAUCUCUCGUUCGCACUUUCCAUCUGUGGUCAGUCGCACGCCUUGGCUCAGCAGUUCGAGGAAGUUUUACCAGGAACUUAUGGCAGAUCCGAUAGGUGGUACAACCUUGCUCUCUGCUACAGUGCCGCGGGACAGGGGAAAACAGCGGUAAACGUCUUGAAGAAAUCGCUCAGCCACCUCGAGCGGCCAAACGACGUUCCAUCGCUUCUUCUGGCCGCAAAACUGUGCGUUGAGUCCCCGGAUCUUACUCGCGACGGAGUGGAAUAUGGCCGAAGAGCGAUCCUGUUCUCGGAAGGGAAGCUUGGAUAUCUCAAGGGGAGAUCGCGUCACCUGCUCGGCGCUGCGCUUGGGAAAGAGGCCAGGAAUGCCAAGUCUGACGCGGAGAGGUGCGCUCUCGAAGACGACGCGCUACGAACGCUGCAAGACGCAGUUGCCAUCGAGAAAAAGGAUCCUUACGCCAUUCUCGACUUUGGCAUGGAGUCUGCGGAGAAAGGAGAUCUCAGUACGGCACUGGACUGCGCAAAGUCAUUCCUUGAGCUUACCGGCGGCUCCUCGAUCAUAGCGUGGCGCUUUCUGGCUCUGGUUCUAUCCGCUCAACAGCGACACGUCGAUGCGGAGGUGGUGAUCAAUGCUGCUCUGGAAGAAACUGCAAAGUGGGAGCAAGCAGAGCUCCUCCGGACGAAAGGAAAGCUCCAGCUCGCUCAGAUGCAAACUAGCGAGGCGAUCAAGACUUUCAUGCUGCUGCUGGCUCUUGUCCAGGCGCAGAGGAAAACUACUGGAUCAUCUUCCAAGAAUGGAGGCGACAGCGUAUCAGAAGUUGAAGUUUGGCAAGAUCUGGCCGGCGUUUAUACAUCGCUGUCGCAGUGGCGUGACGCGGAGAUGUGCUUAGAAAAAGCACAGGCUUUUAAAAAGUCUCCUGCUACAACAUGGUUCCAGACAGGAUAUCUCUACGAGUGCCGUGGCCAAGAGGAGCAGGCCAUGGCUUCGUAUAACAACGCUCUGUGCCUGGAUCCCGACCACGUCCCGAGCCAAGUAGCUCUCGGAGGCGCGCUCAAGCGCAGCGGCAGCAAAGCUUUCCCGGUUGCCAGGAGCUACCUCACGGCAGCGCUGCGUUUGGAGCCAAAGAACUACCUCGCGUGGUUUAAUCUCGGACUCGUCCACGAAGAGGAGGUCCGGCUCAAAGACGCGGCUGCAUGCUUCCAGGCCGCAUACUUGCUCGAGCAGUCGGCUCCGGUGGAGAAAUUUAGCACUCUACGAUAGAGAACCCGGCACAGAGUUUUAACCUCGUCAACAAGCUCGUAGCAUUCAAGCGAUGGCCAGCCAAGAAGUUUUGGACUAAAACCGGUAGGCAAAGUUCGCAAGGUUCUUUUUUUUUUCUUAGUUUCUCACUUUGUGUACACUUUGUUUGUAACAAUGUAUCAUUCUAACAUUUCUUCGAGUCCAAAAAAUUCUUUUUUCUUCAGCUAA